AUGACGAGGAAACUGAAUCUCCUAAAAAGAAGCUGCGCAGCAGUUGGUACACCAGGAGAAGAGGGUGUGUCUUCAAAAGAUUUGCCACAGGAGACAACAGAGAAAGAUGAUGAGAAAACUGAUUCUAAAAAGCUGCUGCGAGCAAUUGGUACACUAGAAGAGACAACAGAGGAAGAUGAGAAAACUAAAUAUAAAAAGAAACUACGAGCAGUUGGCACACCAGGAGAAGAGGUUGUGUCUUUAAAAGAUUUGCCACAGGAGGUGACAACAGAGGAAGAUGAGAAAACUGAAUCUAAAAAGAAGCUUCGAGCAAUUGGUACACUGGAGGAGACAACAGAGGAAGAUGAUGAGAAAACUAAAGCUAAAAAGAAACUACGAGCAGUUGGUACACCGGGAGAAGAGGCUGUGUCUUUAAAAGAUGUACCACAGGAGAAGACAAAGGAAGAGGAGAGUGGGACAGCACAAGAGAAAUCUGUAUCUCAGCAGAAAGAAUUCUCAGGGGAAGAGCCUUUAGAAGAAAAAGAGGAAAUUUCUGAGAGCAAAACAGUCUCCCGCAAGAAGUCGAGCGUCGUUGGAAAUUUGAAAUCGACAAUAGCUGCUAAAGUUUCCGAAUUGAAAUCAUCUGUAGUAACCGCGAUAGGACUGAAGGCGGCGAAAGUUGAAGAAAUUGUUGAGCAUAAAGAGUCUACCGAGGAUCUGAAACUAACUGCUCCUUCCAAGAAAGUUGGUGUUGUAGUUGGCAAAGACACCGGUGAUAACGAAACAGAGGCAGGCGCUUCCUUAGAAACCUCUGAAGAACCUGUACUAAGUAACCAAGAAAAGAUAGGACAAGAACAAGCAGCUGAUGAAGCAAGCUUACAGAAAGAUCAGAUAGAAUUGGAUGAUAAAAAACAGGAAGCAAGUUCAGUGAAAGAUAGCUUGGCUGCAAAGAAACAAGAAAUUUUAGCAAAAAAGCAAGAAUUGCUUGCUAAGCAAGAGGCAAUUAUGAAGAAUCGAGAAACAAGUGAGGAACCUUCCAGUGAACUUACUACCACCAGUGAAAUCAGCACCGAUUCUUCCAGUGCUCUCGAAACUUACGUGGAAGCGAUGAAACCCGGAAAGGAUGUAAUUGAGGGUAAAGUUCCUUCAGCUGAUGGAGAACCUGUAGGACCAGAACAGGCAGAGUCCUUGCUGUCGUCUGAUGCAACAGUAUCGCUGAAGAAGGGCAAGGUUUAUGAUAAGGAUGAAGCUACAGCUCAUCUUUCACUAGACUUGAACGGGAAGAAGGAAACCAAAUUGAUUGGCCUUGAGGCUUCUUUGAAGGAAACAGAAUUACAGUUUCAGAAAACUUCAAAAAUGAUGGAAGCAGCGUUAGGAGAGUCCAGUAUGUCAGAAAGCGUAGGAGAAGUUACGGUAGAUGAAGAGCAUAAGGUCCAGGCAUUAGAAGGAAAAGUGAAAAUGCAAGACGCUACUGAAGAAGUUAAGGUAGUCGAUAACAAAAGUCAAAAGAUUUCCGACGUUGCCGCAAAGAAAAGAACAGCAGUUACUGAAGACUCAAAAGUUUCGGCUAGACAAGCAACUGUUGAAACUAAAGUAGCAAACGAGGUGGAGUAUCAGGAGGAACCUGACAGCACUGCAACUGUUAGUCAGUCUGAAGACAAAACACAAGCAUUUGAGGAGUCCGCAGUCUCAGCAGAUGCGUCUGUGUCGCUGAAGAAGGGUCAGACCUACGACAGAGACGAGGUAUCAGUAAAUCUUUCACUAGAACUGGAAACAAAGGCGGGAGAAGCCAGACCAGCUGCCAAAGAUGAGAGGAAAAUCAAACCUGAACCUGCUUCCAAGGAUGAUGUCAAAUCUGCUGAAGCCGUCUCGAAGGAUGAUGAGGUAAAGUCUACUAAAGCCGUUACCAAGGAUGAUAAAAAGGCGAAGUCUUCUGAAGCUGUUGCCAAGGAUGAUAAAAGGGAAAAGUCUCCUGAAGUUGUCUCUAAGGAUGAUAGAGGUAUAUCUCCUGAGGUUGUCUCUAUAGAUAAGGCCAAACAUCCCGAAGCAAUUUCGAAGGAUGAUAAGAAGCCCAAAUCUCCAGAGGUUAUAUCAGUGGAUAAGAAAAUCAAACCUGAAACUGCAUUUGAUGAUAAGGACACGAAAGCCAAAAUUAAUAGCUCCAUGGACGAUACCAACAAAGAUGGUGACGCAACAUUGUCGCUGAAGAAGGGUCAGACCUUCGGGAGAAACGAGGCUUCAGUAGAUCUUUCACUAGAACUGGAAGCGAGGGUGAGAGAAGACAGACUUUCACGCGAAGCUGUUACCGAGGGUGAUGAGCCCAAAUCUGACAAAGUUGUUUUGAAGGAUGAUAAAAAAGCAGCUGUCAUGGAUGAUAAGAAAGUCAAGUCUUAUGAAGCAGCUGUCACAGAUGAGAAGAAAGCUAAGUCCCCUGAAGCAGCUGUCAUGGAUGAUAAAGCAAAGUCUCCCGAAGCAGGUGUCAUGGAGGAUAAAGAAGCUAAAUCUCCCGAAGCGGCUGUCGGGGAUAAGAAAGCUAUGUCUCCCGAAGCAGCUGUCAUGGAUGAUAAGAAAGCUAAGUCUCCCGAAACAGCUGUCAUGGAGGAUAAGAAAGCUAAGUCUCCAGAAGCAGCUGUCAUGGAGGAUAAGAAAGCUAAAUCCCAAAAACGCUUGUCACUGUAUGAUAUCAACGAAGUUAGCGGUGCUCAGCCUGAAGACACAGCACAAACAUCUGAGGAGUGUGCUGUCUCAGCAGAUGCAACUGUCUCGCUGAAGAAGGGUCAGACCUACGACAGAGACGAGGCUUCAGUAGACCUUUCACUAAACCUGGAAACAAAGGCCGGAGAAGCCAGACCAGCUUCCAAGGAUGAUAAAGCUAAGUCUCCUGAAGCUGUCUCCAGGGAUGAGAAGAAAGCUGUGACUAUUGAUGAGAAAAGAGCUAAAGUUGAAGCUGUGACUGUUGAUGAAAAGAAAGCUAAAGCUGAAGCUGUGCCGGCUGAUGAAAAAGCUAAAGCUGUGACUGUUGAUGAGAAGAAAGCUGAAGCUGUGACUGUUGAUGAGAAGAAAGCUGAAACUGUGACUAUUGAUGAGAAAAAAGUUAAAGCUGAAGUUGUGCCUGUUGAUGAGAAGAAAGCUAAAGCUGAAGCUGUGCCUGUUGAUGAGAAGAAAGCUAAAGCUGAAGCUGUGCCUGUUGAUGAAAAGAAAGCUAAAGUUGAAGCUGUGACUGUUGAGAAGAAAGCUGAAGCUGUGACUAUUUAUGAGAAAAAAGCUAAAGCUGAAGCUGUGCCUGUUGAUGAGAAGAAAGCUGAAGCUGUGACCGUUGAUGAGAAGAACGCUAAAGCUGAAGCUGUGCCUGUUGAUGAGAAGAAAGCUAAAGCUGAAGCUGUGACAGUUGAUGAGAAGAAAGCUAUAGCUGUGCCUGUUGAUGAGAAGAAAGCUAAAGCUGAAGCUGUGCCUGUUGAGAAGAAAGCUAAAGCUGAAGCUGUGCCUGUUGAUAAGAAAGCUAAAGCUGAGGCUGUGACUGUUGAUGAGAAGAAAGCUGAAGCUGUGACAGUUGAUGAGAAGAAAGCUAAAGCUGAAGCUGUGCCUGUUGAUGAGAAGAAAGCUAAAGCUGAAGCUGUUCCUGUUGAUGAGAAGAAAGCUAAAACUGAAGCUGUGUCUAUUUGUGAAAAGAAAGCUAAAGCUGUGUCUAUUGAUGAUAAAGCUGAAGCUGUUACUUUUGAUAAAGCUGAAGCUGUGACUGUUGAUGAGAAGAAAGCUGAAGCUGUGACUGUUGAUGAAAAAGCUAAAGAUGAAGCUGUGACUGUUGAGAAGAAAGCUAAAGCUGAAGCUGUGACAGUUGAUGAGAAGAAAGCUAAAGCUGAAGCUGUGCCUGUUGAUGAGAAGAAAGCUAAAGCUGAAGCUGUGACUAUUGAUGAAAAAGCUAAAGCUGUGCCUGUUGAUGAGAAGAAAGCUAAAGUUGAAGCUGUAUCCAAGGAUAAGAAAGCUAAAUCUCCCGAAGCUGUCUCCAAGGAUGAAGCUAAAUCUCCUGAAUCUGAUGAGAUGAUAAAGCUAAAUCUCCUGAAGCUGUCUCCAAAGAUGACGAGAAAGCUAAAUCUCCUGAAGCUGUCUCCAAGGAUAAGAAAGCUAAAUACCCUGAAGCUAUCUCCAAGGAUGAUAAAGCUAAAUCUCCUGAAGCUGUCUCCAAGGAUAAGAAAGCUAAAUCCCCUGAAGCUAUCUCCAAGGAUGAAGAAAGCUAAAUCUCCUGAAGCUGUCUCCAAGGAUGAAAAGAAAGCUAAAUCCCCUGAAGCUAUCUCCAAGGAUAAGAAAGCUAAAUCCCUGAAGCUGUCUCCAAGGAUUAAGAGAAGUGAAGCUAAAUCUCCUGAAGCUGUCUCCAAGGAUGAAGCUAAAUCUCCUGAAGCUGUCUCCAAGGAUGAAGCUAAAUCUCCUGAAGCUGUCUCCAAGGAUGAAGCUAAAUCUCCUGAAGCUGUCUCCAAGGAUGAUAAAGCUAAAACUGAGAUUGUAUCCAUGGAUGAUAAGAAGGCCAAAGCCCCUAAGGCUGCCUCCAAGAAAGCUAUCAAGGAGGCGCAGGAGGAGGCCAUGUUGAAACCAGAAGAACAGAAAGCAAAAAUAUCUGAGGCUAAAGAAAGCAAGAGGGCAAGUAUGAAGGAAGGUGAGGCUGCGUCUCUCGCUGUUGCUGAGGAGGCUGUCGUCUCCGAGCUUCAGGAGGACGACAGGGAAGCUGCUUCUCUCGAGAUAAAGGAACGUAAAGAAGCCAGCAUUAAGGCAGAUGAUAUAUCUGCCAGGGAAGAUCUGGAAGCAGAUAGAUUUAAAGAAAAGGAGCCAAAAGCAAAGGAGAUCGAAACUAAGGAAGGAGAGAAGCCUAGCGUCAAGGACAGUGGUAUUCCAGUCAGUGAAGAAGUAAAGGCUCCACUAAAGGAAGAGGAUAAGAAGGCUAAGUUUCUUGAAGACAGGGGACAAGAGAAGAAGACUCAAGACAAGUCUGAACCAAAGGAUACAAAGUUUGAGGUAAAGGAAGCAGACAAACCCAAGUCUACAAAGGAGGCAGAAGACAAAGAUGACAGGGAUAAAGUGAUGGAUGAUGGCAAAGCUAAGUUUGCAAAGACGUUAAAUCUGUCAAGAAAGAAGAAAAAGCUUGAAGUUAAGGAAGAAAAGGCUGAUUCUGUAAAUGAAGCCGAGAGAAAACCUGAAUUGAAAGAAGGAAAGGCUGAAGUGAAGGAAGGAAAAACCAAGACCGAAACCGAAGACGAGUCUAAAGUGAAAGAAGAAAAGGCUGAAGCUAAGGAAGCAGAAAAAGCUAAACCUACCAAGGAAGAAGAUAAGGCUAAAGUAAAAGAAGAAAAGGCUGAAUAUAGGGAUACAGACACAGCUAAGAAAAGAAAACUUGAAGACAAUAAAUUGAAAGGGGAAAAGAUUGCAGCUAAGGAGGAAAUAGCUAAAUCUGCCAAGGAAGAAGAAAAGGCCAAGCCUGUCAAGGAAGAAGAGGCUAAGUCUGUCAAGGAAGAAGAAAAGGCUAAAUCUGUCAAGGAAGAAGAAAAGGCCAAGCCUGUCAAGGAAGAAGAGGCUAAGUCUGUCAAGGAAGAAGAAAAGGCUAAAUCUGUCAAGGAAGAAGAAAAGGCUAAGUCUGUCAAGGAAGAAAAGGCUAAGUCUGUCAAGGAAGAAGAAAAGGCUAAAUCUGUCAAGGAAGAAGAAAACGCUCAAUCUGUCAAGGAAGAAGAAAAGGCUAAAUCUGUCAAGGAAGAAGAAAAGGCUAAGUCUGUCAAGGAGGAAGAAAAGGCUAAGUCUGUCAAGGAGGAAGAAAAAGCUAAGUCUGUCAAGGAGGAAGAAAAGGCUAAGUCUGUCAAGGAGGAAGAAAAAGCUAAGUCUGUCAAGGAAGAAGAAAAGGCUAAAUCUGUCAAGGAAGAAGAAAAGGCUAAAUCUGUCAAGGAAGAAGAAAAGGCUAAAUCUGUCAAGGAAGAAGAAAAGGCUAAGUCUGUCAAGGAGGAAGAAAAGGCUAAGUCUGUCAAGGAGGAAGAAAAGGCUAAGUCUGCCAAGGAGGAAGAAAAGGCUAAGUCUGUCAAGGAGGAAGAAAAAGCUAAGUCUGUCAAGGAGGAAGAAAAGGCUAAGUCUGUAAAGGAAGAGGAAAAGGCCAAGUCCGCCAAGGAAGAGGAAAAGGCCAAGUCUGCCAAGGAAGAUGAAAAGGCCAAGUCUGCCAAGGAAGAUGAAAAGGCCAAGUCUGCCAAGGAAGAGGAAAAGGCCAAGUCUGCCAAGGAAGAGGAAAAGGCCAAGUCUGCCAAGGAAGAGGAAAAGGCCAAGUCUGCCAAGGAAGAGGAAAAGGCCAAGUCUGCCAAGGAAGAGGAAAAGGUUAAGUCUUCCAAGGAAGAGGAAAAGGCCAAAUCUGCUAAGGAAGAAGAAAAGGCCAAGAUAGAGGAAAAGGCCAAGUCUGUCAAGGAAGAAGAAAAGGUCAAGUCUGUCAAGGAAGAGGAAAAGGCCAGAUCUGCUAAGGAAGAAGAAAAGGCCAAGAUAGAGGAAAAGGCCAAGUCUGCCAAGGAAGAAGAAAAGGCCAAGUCUGCCAAGGAAGAGGAAAAGGCCAAGUCUGUCAAGGAAGAGGAAAAGGCCAAAUCUGCUAAGGAAGAAGAAAAGGCCAAGAUAGAGGAAAAGGCCAAGUCUGCCAAGGAAGAGGAAAAGGUCAAGUCUGUCAAGGAAGAGGAAAAGGCCAGAUCUGCUAAGGAAGAAGAAAAGGCCAAGAUAGAGGAAAAGGCCAAGUCUGUCAAGGAAGAAGAAAAGGCCAAGUCUGCCAAGGAAGAGGAAAAGGCCAAAUUUGUCAAGGAAGAAGAAAAAGUCAAGUCUGCCAAGGAAGAGGAAAAGGCCAAGAUAGAGGAAAAGGCCAAGUCUGUCAAGGAAGAAGAAAAGGCCAAGUCUGCCAAGGAAGAGGAAAAGGCCAAGGCUGCCAAGGAAGAGGAGAAGGUCAAGUCUGCCAAGGAAGAGGAAAAGGCCAAGGUAGGAGAAAAGGUCAAGUCUGCCAAAGAAGAGGAAAAGGUCAAGUCUGCAAAGGUAGAGGAAAAGGCCAAGUCUGCCAAGGAAGAAGAAAAAGCCAAGUCUGCCAAGGAAGAAGAAAAGGCCAAAUCUGUCAAGGAAGAAGAAAAGGCCAAGUCUGCCAAGGAAGAGGAAAAGGCCAAGUCUGCCAAGGAAGAGGAAAAGUCCAAGUCUGCCAAGGAAGAGGAAAAGGCCAAGUCUGCCAAGGUAGAGGAAAAGGUCAAGUCUGCCAAGGUAGAGGAAAAGGCCAAGUCUGCCAAGGAAGAAGAAAAGCCAAGUCUGUCAAGGAAGAAGAAAAGGCCAAUCUGUCAAGGAAGAAGGAAAAGGACCAAGUCUGCCAAGGAAGAGGAAAAGUCCAAGUCUGCCAAAGAAGAGGAAAAGGCCAAGUCUGCCAAGGUAGAGGAAAAGGUCAAGUCUGCAAAGGUAGAGGAAAAGGCCAAGUCUGCCAAGGAAGAAGAAAAAGCCAAGUCUGCCAAGGAAGAAGAAAAGGCCAAAUCUGUCAAGGAAGAAGAAAAGGCCAAGUCUGUCAAGGAAGAAGAAAAGGCCAAUCUCAAGAAGAGCAAAAGUCCAAGUUGCAAAGAAGAGAAAAGCCAAGUCUGCCAAGGAAGAGGAAAAGGUCAAAUCUGCCAAGGAAAAAGAAAAGGCCAAGUCUGUCAAGGAAGAAGAAAAGGCCAAGUCUUCCAGGAAGAAGAAAGAAUCGUAAGAAGAAGAAAGACCAAGUCUGCCAAGGAAGAGGAAAAGGCCAAGUCUGCCAAGGAAGAGGAAAAGGCCAAGUCUGCCAAGGAAGAGGAAAAGGUCAAAUCUGCCAAGGAAGAAGAAAAGGCCAAGUCUGUCAAGGAAGAAGAAAAGGCCAAAUCUGUCAAGGAAGAAGAAAAGGCCAAAUCUAUCAAGGAAGAAGAAAAAGCCAAGUCUGCCAAGGAAGAGGAAAAGGUCAAAUCUGCCAAGGAAAAAGAAAAGGCCAAGUCUGUCAAGGAAGAAGAAAAGGCCAAGUCUGCCAAGGGAAGAGAAAAGGCCAAUCUGCAAGGGAAAAGAAAGGCCAAGUCUGCCAAGGAAGUAGAAAAGGCAAUCGCAAGAAGGAAGAAAACCAAGCUGUCAAGGAGAGAACAAGGCUCUUGGAAGAAGCAAAGAGAAGUCUAUCAGGAAGAAGAAAGCAAGCUCAGAGAGGAAUCAACUGAGAAAGAAAGCCAGAACCCAAAGAAGAAGAAAAGGCCGGAUGCAAAGAGAAAGGCCUGA